UAAUGCAGAUGCCAAUUAUGGUGUUCCCGAGAGGUGUUUCUGUGGUGAGAUGGUCAAACUUGAGCGAUGUCUAACAGGACAGCGCCAAGGAGAGCGCGUAUACAGAUGCCCAGUGCUUAAGGAUGGAGACGAAUAUAAGGAUAAUCGAGAUCACCUAGUUCAGUGGUGGGAUUGGGCGGUAACUGAGGAGCUGUCCAAGAUACACCACCUAUUUGACAGACAUAAAGAUGACGUGUUAACCUCUCUUGAAUAUGGGAGGGGUGGAAAUCCUGCAUUGGAGUCGAUCCGGGAAACUCUUCGUCUUAUGCGUGAAGAAAUUGAUGACCUUAAAGAGAGGUUAGCCACAAAAGAAGUCGAGAUUGCGAGGCUUAGGGGGUUACUUUCAAGGUGGUAAUAUUGUAUGAUUACCACCUACUCUUUGUAAUAUUUGAAUUUGUAUUUUGGAUAUGGAAUUGUGUUUUCAUGAAGUAUUAUUAGUAGUUGUACCUGCAGUAAUGGUAGUUGUACUUGGUUCAACCGGUACAACUCCGACUUAUAUGUACUCACUAAGUAUUUUUAAUAGUUGUUGUCCCUGGAUCAACUGGUCCAACUAAAAUUUAAAUAUAUUGUAUUUAGUAGUU